AUGAGCAGAAGCAUCGUCAAGUUACGGAGUGCGGCGCACGAGCGCCCCCUACUGACCAACGCCACUGAUCGAUUUACCACAGAUAUAAAUCUACACUACAACCAUGAUGUCACACAUGUGUGUGUCCUAUUGGUUCAGAGUGAUGAUGUCACACAUGUGUGUGUCCUAUUGGUUCAGAGUGAUGAUGUCACACAUGUGUGUGUCCUAUUGGUUCAGAGUGAUGAUGUCACACAUGUGUGUGUCCUAUUGGUUCAGAGUGAUGAUGUCACACAUGUGUGUGUCCUAUUGGUUCAGAGUGAUGAUGUCACACAUGUGUGCGUCCUAUUGGUUCAGAGUGAUGAUGAUGUCACAUGUGUGUCCACAGAGUCGGUGCGGUUGGUCUCGGGGUCCGGUCUGUGUUCAGGAUCAGUGCAGAUCUGGGACGGGUCCUGGACCGGGGUCUGUGACGGGGACUUGGACCAGCGGGGGGCAGAGGUGCUGUGCAGGGAGCUGGACUGUGGGGCUCCUUCUCUCCUCCAGGGGGCGCUCUCUCCUCUGGGGCAGACGUUCCACUGUGAGGGACAUGAGUCUGCUCUGAUGGACUGUCCCCGCUCCAACUCAAGGACCUGCUCCUCUGGAGCCACUGUCAACCUCACCUGCUCAGAGCUGCUCAGGUUGGUGGGAGGAGCCAGUCGUUGUGCUGGGACUGUGGAGGUGAAACACAGAGGAGAGUGGAGACGACUGGAGGUUUUUGGACGCUGGGAGCAGGAUCACACAUCUGCAGUGUGCAGAGACCUGGACUGUCUCACCUGA